AUGAAAUCGAUAUUAAGAUCCAUUGUAGGAUCACCGAAACAAAGUCAUUACGAUCCAAAAUUGAACUUACUGUUUGACUUAUCAUAUAUAACUCCUCAAAUAAUUGUUUGUUCGGGUCCGGUUACCAAUUAUUUACAAACAUUCUACAGACACUCCGUUGAAGACUUAGUCAAAUUUUUGACUGCAAACCACGAUUCUCAUUGGCAUAUAUGGAACCUAAGAGGAGAGGAACCAGGGUAUGAAAGUAAGGAUGUUAUGUCUAAAGUUAGUCAUUUUCCGUUUCCUGAUCAUCAACCGCCCACUAUAGGAAUAUUUAUUGAAAGUACUAAAGAAAUAGAUACGUUUUUAAGCCAAUCCACUAAGAAUGUUGCGGUUCUUCAUUGUAAAUCAGGUAAAGGAAGGUCAGGUACCAUUUGCUGCUCAUAUUUGAUUUAUAAGAGCUUAAAUCUACAACUGAAGAUAUGUCCACUUGAAGCAAUAGAAUUAUAUACUCAGAAGAGAAUGAGGCCCAGUGCUGGAGAUGGUGUGUCAAUACUAUCUCAAAGAAGAUAUCUUGAGUACUGGUUUGAAUACUUGAAUAUUACACCCGACUUGAAAGAGAUCUAUCAUGGGUUCACGAAAAAUGAAUCAAUGUUUGAUCUGAAGAAAUCUUGCAUUACAAUGAUAAGAAUAAAUAAUCUUAAACCUUCAGAUGAUAUUAAAACCAGCUGCUUAGAGUUAGAUUUAAUUCUUGAGACCUACGUCAAACGGCAAGAUUACCCCAAUGGAGUCCAAACUAAGCAUGUGUACCAAGUUAAUUCUUCGGACAUACGAAAACAAAAUAUGAAUAAUGUCAUUGUUAUUCCUGGAAACCCAAUAUACAUUUCUGACUUGAAGGAUGUAAGAAUAUCAGUCAAGCAUUGGUGUUUCUCUUGGUUUAAUGUAUUUUUCGAAACUUUGCAUUCGAAUAGUACGAAUAUUUUUGCCAUUGAUUCCAUACUGGACGAUAGAUUCAUCAAAGGACAGUAUACCUUGCAGUGGGAAAUUUUAGAUGGCUUUAAGGGUACUCAUCAAAAAGGUAUGAAGUUGUUUGAAAGUUUGGAUAUAUGCUGGAGAUUGUACUAUUAA